AAGGUUAACCCCGUUGUUGCUCAGCUAACACAAAACGUUCUCACAACGUCGCUGCCUUCAUGUUACAACAACGGCAGACCGUUCCAGUAACAUCUAUUCACCAUUGACUACCUUACCGCUGCCAGCUCGCUUAUAUGCUGCAAAGGUGGUAUGUAGACGCUUGGUGAAUGAGAUUAUCUGAGGACUCGUCCACCUGUCAUACAAUUGCUAUGACAACAGUCAAAUCAAUUUAACCUGGUUUCAGUUAGUGGCUGUGACAAGACUGACCCUUGUAUGGUAUUGUCAAAGUGUUUAUUUUUUUCACAAAGGCACAAAUUAAUGUCUCUUAACUUUGAAUCAGUAGUAAAUGUCAUACAAAUUUAUUUAUCAUGUCACUAAUGGUCCCGUUGGGGGUGGAAUUCAACAAACUUUGCUGUCCUUGUAACCAAUUUAAACAUAAUAGCAUUUAACUAAUUAGAACAUGGUAUAUGAGAGGGGACAGGUAUCGGAAUACUUUUUCAUGAUAUUAAGAAUACCGGCCUGCAGCAUGUUUCGAAAACGUUCAGUCGGUUUCCUCUUCUGCACAAAGUGAAAAAUACAGUCUAGUGCAUCCGGGGCAUGUGAUUGGCUACAUGUAGAACUGCACACAUCAGGAGUGUCAAACUGAAUCACUAGGGUGCCUGUAGAUUUACGUGAUUUCCGUUCAAUCAGCUGCCAGUUAAUGCCUUGAGAAUCGCAUCUACCAAAUGGUUAGUUUCAGAGGCCAGGGGUCCGCAGUUUCACCAUUUAGGAGCAUAUUGAUUCACCCCAGUCUUUAAUUUGAUCUGUUAAAAAAUGUUUAGGCCUACCUCUUUUUAUGUAGCCUAAUCUACAGGCUGUAGCUAUCAGCAAAUGGGACUGCCUUCUGCAUUUGCGCCUCGAUUUACGGCCUGCUCUUUAAAGGCGAAGAACUUUCACACAAAAUCGACCUUGUUAAUUGCCCGAACUUCUGUAAAUUCGAUGGAAUAGGCCUACGUAAUCAGACACACUUACAAUAGCCUAUCUCCGCCCGUUAUCGCGACCCUCCAUUAAACGCAUGUGCAAUAAGGUGAGAAGCCAACCGUGCAAUGACUCACACGCUUCCAGCCCCGUGCGACUGUUUGACACAGACGUAUAUGUGUCUAUGACACAUAUGACGCAUGUUUCUGGGGCGGAAUGCGUCAUAUCUGCGCCUGAAACGUCACAGAAAGCUUAGUAAAUACGACCUAAAGAGUUUUCAAACAGACCUAGGUUAAAUUUGUAAAUUAAUCCAAAUAUUUAUUGUAACAUUCUGUGAAUUUAGUAUACAAGCAUUCAAUAGUUAUUCGUUUUUUUGUUGCUGGUCAGGAGGAUAUUCACAAAAAAUGUUCACUUAAUCCUCGAUACAACAUGUACACGUUUGAAAUAAUACCUUAAAAAAAGUGAAAAAUGAACAGAUUGUUCAAUUCUGGGAUUAGAAUCGGCAUACACAGGGGUUCCCAUGACCGAGUUUGAGAACCACAGCGGGAAAUUUUGGAAGUGGUCUUGCAAGGAUUAACUAGCAACAUCGUGUGCUAGGACAGAGUCGCCAACCGUAGCCUACUUAAGGGAGUUUAUACUUUUCAUAUGAAUAUUUAUUUGCAGAAUGAAAAUAUGCCAGGAACAUAAACGGAACCACUUUUUGAGUCGUAUGAUUUCCGCCAGAUGAAUUGUGUGGACAUACACAAUGGCUUUGAACAAUGCAGAAUUGGAACAUGAAGUUCACGUGCACUUAAAAAUACGUGUAUCUCAUAAUUGAUGUUACGCGGUCGACUUCACCUCUUGGUAAACAGUGAGAAAUAACGAAGAAACGUUUUUAUGUAAAGACAGUUUGCAAAGGGAGGACAGUCGUCAGUUCAGGAGAGACAUUCCUCCCUCUAUAAAAUACCAAGGAGUAGUUGGGAGAACACGCUCAAAAGCAGCGAUAAUGAUUAUACCCUUCGGAGUAUGAGCAAUCUGAUGGGCGAGAGGAGGAAGAAAGUAAGAGAUGACGGAGAACGGAGUCUCAUCAAAGCUCCCUCAAAUGCGAGCAUCAACAGCCAGGGACCCGCCGCCGCCUCUACCUCCGCCGGGGACUUGGAGCGAGCGGCGCGCAAGCAGUUCCAGCAGGAUGUCACGCCCGCCUUCGUUUAUGUCCUGGCGGCGUUCUCCGCGCUCGGCGGCUUUCUGUUCGGUUACGACACCGGAGUGGUGUCGGGAGCGAUGCUGCUGCUUAAGAGGGAGAUGAACCUGAGCGCUCUUUGGCAGGAGCUGUUGGUCUCCAGUACUGUGGGCGCCGCGGCGCUCUCCGCCCUGGCUGGCGGGUUUCUUAACGGGAUUUUCGGGCGCAGGGUGUGCAUUCUGCUCGCUAGCUUCAUCUUCUCCACCGGCGGAGUGGUGAUGAGCACUGCCCCGAAUAAGGAGGCCCUUCUAGUCGGACGCAUUAUAGUUGGUCUAGGAUUAGGCAUCGCCUCCAUGACGGUCCCGGUGUACAUCGCCGAAUCCUCGCCCCCCCAGCUGAGGGGCCGGCUGGUGACCCUCAACACGCUCUUCAUCACGGGCGGCCAGUUCGUCGCCAGCCUGGUGGACGGCGCCUUCUGCUACGUGCGCCGCGGCGGCUGGAGGUACAUGCUGGGCCUGUCGGUGGUGCCGGCGGCCCUGCAGUUCGUGGGCUUCCUCUUCCUGCCGGAGAGCCCGCGCUGGCUCAUCCAGAGGGGCCUCACCCAGAAGGCCCGGCGGGUGCUCAGCCAGAUCCGCGGGAACCAGAACAUCGACGAGGAGUACGACAGCAUCAAGAGCAGCAUCGAGGAGGAGGAGAAGGACUUCGGGGGAGGAGGCCCGGUGAUCUGGCGCAUGCUGUCCUACCCCCCCACGCGCCGGGCGCUCAUCGUGGGUUGCGGACUGCAGAUGUUCCAGCAGCUGUCCGGGAUCAACACGGUCAUGUACUACAGCGCCACCAUCCUGCAGAUGUCGGGAGUGCGGGACGACAAGCUGGCCAUCUGGCUGUCGGCGGUCACGGCCUUCACCAACUUCCUGUUCACCCUGCUGGGGGUGUGGCUGGUGGAGCGGACGGGCCGCCGGAGGCUGACGCUCGGCAGCAUCAUCGGGACUGCUCUGAGCCUGUCGCUCCUGGCCGUCGGCUUCCUCCUCUCCGCCCAGCACACGCCCCCCGUCACCCUCCGCCCCGCCCCGCCCCCGGCCCCGCCCAACUCCACCUGCGCGCGCUACGGGUCCUGCGAGCCCUGCAUGCUGGACCCCGCCUGCGGGUUCUGUUACCGUGAGAACGGCAGCUCCGUGUUCGACACUUCCUGCGUACCCGCCAAUCAAGGCUUCACCGGGGAGGCGGCCUGGGGGAGGUGCUCCAACAGCAGCCAGGCGGGAGACGGAACGUUCUGGGCCUACAACUACUGCCCCACCUCGUACUCCUGGGUCGUCCUCCUGGGCCUCAUGCUCUACCUGGCGUUCUUCGCCCCGGGAAUGGGCCCCAUGCCCUGGACGGUGAACUCAGAGAUCUACCCGCUGUGGGCCCGGAGCACGGGGAACGCUUGCUCGGCCGGCGUCAACUGGACCUUCAACGUGCUGGUGUCCCUCACCUUCCUGCACGUAGCGCAGUUCCUCACCUACUACGGGGCCUUCUUCCUGUACUCGGGCCUGGCCCUGCUGGGGUCCGCCUUCGUCUUCGGCUGCCUGCCCGAGACCAAGAGCCGGCGGCUGGAGGAGAUGGAGGCCCUGUUCGAGGGCGGGCUGUGCACGUGCGGCGCCACCGACUCGGACGAGGGCCGGCAGAUCGAGUACAUCCGGGUCAAAGGGAGCAACUACCACCUGUCCGACAACGACGCCUCCGACGUGGAGUAGCUCCCCGUCCCCACCCCCUCCCACCCCACAGCCUCGCUCUCUCUUUCUCUCUCUCUCUCUCUCUGUCUCUCUCAGCCUCAACGCCUUCUGGGAAAUGUAGUCACGUCACUUACAUUGAGGGUUCCAGUUGGACGUUGGGGAUUGGAGAUUGGGGGGAGGUAAACGGCCAUUGGAACACCCUUCUGAGGAAACUAACGAUCUGACAGCGUCUCUCAAACACCGUAGCAAUGCUUUGAGAGAGGCUCCUCCUCCGACCCUACCCUACUAACAUCUCGCCGGGCGAAAGUGCCUGGUCGGUUGAUUAUCGCUCAUUACGUUUCCAUUACAGCUGGAUAUUUACCCCGGUUCGGGUUAAGUGCCGUGCUAGAGAGCCGAACGGCAGCGCCCCCACCUGGUGGGAGGACCUGCCACCGCGCAGAAUGUAGCGGUAAUGUAGAGACUCGCUGUACGUGACAGUGCCAGGAUUUUAUUUUAUUUUUUUGCUUUUACGAGUCAUGAACUCGAACAAUCAAAAGAUUGCACGUUAAUUAACGGCACGUAAAAGUACUUUUGUGUUACCGUGUAACAUGUCUGUGCUCUCGACAUUACAUCAGAACAGUUCCGGGUGUGGCUCGUUGAAAAACGUCCGUACUCUGAUCUCGGAUCAAUUGCGAUGGGCAGGGCCCCACGACGUUCGGCCUCGGCCUCGCCGACUUGCCUUUUCCCCUCUGAAUUUCGCUCGGGCUCGUCACAUCGCAGAGAAACGAGCUACGUCGCGCUCGUUUUCGCGUAGCGGCGCUGAACCGGUCCGCUAAGUUCCCGCGAAAACGAGACGGGCCGUCGGGUCGAGGUUCCCCGAGUCAGAUCUCCCUCCCCCCCCCCCCGCCCCGCGCCGUGUUCCGUCGGUGCGUUCAGGGGAAGGUAAGCGCGGCGUGGCAUAACGAAUCAGGCUGACCGAGUCGGACGCGGCUCUGAAGCGACGCCGGGCUCCUGCGCUAGCCUCCAGGCUCCUGCGCUAGCCUCCGGGGAGCGAGCGGAGCGCCGCGCUUUCCCGACAGCGCUCUUGGUUUAAAAAAUAUUUUUUUUUAAAAGACGGUCAUCAUUAAAAAACCGAGCUGAGCGGGGUCUUCUCCUGUCACAUCACAUUAAGCCAGGCGCCGCGGCAGAGGGGAACGAGAGAAAAGAGAGAAAGAGAGAGGGGAAGAGAGCGGAGAGAGAGAGGGAAAGAGCGACAGAGAGAGAAGGACAAACGAUCCAGGAAAGAGGCCUCUUCGAAUUCAGGGCUACGUCUCUGAAAACGAAGGUAGGAGUGUAUAUGAACAUCCGCCGCCUCAUAUCACUGCUUCCAAUUCGGCUUAUUCCUGGGGUCAAAUUUAGCAAACUAUGAGGGAACAGUGUUCAGACUCAGUGUGAAGACGAAGAAUAGCUAACCGCAACACUAGUUCCUGGCUAAAUGUGUUUUGUAUAGCUAUACAGAGCUGCGUACUUUGCAAUGGAUACAUAUUCAUAUUUGGGACCGUGACAUUGAUAUUAAUAUACAGAACAUAUUUUUCUAUACAGCUUACUUCAUUUAACCUUCAAGGAAAAAAAAAAAACAACCUGUUGACUAAGGUUUCAUUCAUGUGAAUGUGUUUGCACAUGCACGGUUGCUGCAUUUCAAAAACUGGCACAACCCCCCCCCCACAUUAACAAAGCCUAAACAUUUUAGCAUAGUUUUUGUCGUUUGUUUGGCCUGGGUUCCUUUGAAGCCGCAUGUACAGUCCGAACCGAUGAUCGACAUUAUGACAAGUGCACUAAAUGUCGAAGAAAUACCGUGCUUUUAAAUCCUCUGUAUUAGCAUAUCGGCUCAUAAAUUAGACGAUUCAGCGUCUGUUGGAAUGUUGGGCUGGUUGACACCCCUUAUAGUUUUAUAAGGUCACACGGACAACCAGGAGGUUGAUAAAGCAACAUGACUGUACCAAUUGAAAUGGCACAUUACCUAUGAUGAAACGGAAUUAUACGAGCUGCCAAAUUGGUAGAUAACCUUACCUUACCGUUUUACAGACUUGACCGACGAAGCUAUUGUAUUCUAGCUAUUAUGUUCUGCUCGACGACUGGGGGACAUGGCGCUAUCACAGGCUUUGUUUAAUCUGCUUUCAAAGGUAGUGAAUCGCGAAGCUCUCGGCCGUGAAACGUGACGUAUAACCCGGGUGGAAAUGAAUAGAGCCUUGGGUCAUGGUGGGGAUGCCAUGUUUAUUAAACGUGUCUUAUCUGAAAUUGUUCAGGAAGGAUAUUUAGGUUGCGGGUUGCCAGUUUACGAGGUAGGUCUUUAUCACUAGUUGUAUCGGUUGACACGUGGCCUCGAGUAGGUUUGGGGGGUGCCACGUAAAAUGCUUUAUUUCUUAAUUUAUUAAUAUUUGAAGAAAAUUUCAGAGAGGAGGGUUUAAUACAAACAUUUUUGGAGCUAUGAAACAAAACAUUCCAUAUGAAAUAUUCUCAAUGUAAAGAUGAAUGUACACUUUGCUAAGAGUGGGACGCAAAGUUGGAAAAGCUGUCUGGUAUUUCUUAAAAACAUCCUUAAAGAUAUUUAGGCAUAGGUUGCCAGUUUACAGGAAGUGCAGUACCUCCUAGUGUCAGUUGAGUAUUAGACCCUGUGGGGAAAUGAGAUUGUCACUGGAAAUGUAUUGUCUUUAAAUCUCUUCAUCUCUAAAUAUUAGAGAUCAAUUUUAUAGAGAGGGAUUUUGCUGAAAUAACAUGCAGCUAUGUAACGAAGCAUUCGGUAUGAAAUAUUGUGUAUGUAUUGUGAUUUUAGAAUGCACUUUGGCAAAGGGAGGAUUCUCAGAACAUGGCAACCUGCAGUGUUGUUUUGUCUUUUCUUUAAAUGACCAACGGAAACAUGUUUAUUUGUGGUGGACAGGUGCAAUUUUCCUACGUGAAACUAUUGUAAUUGCAAAUAUAAAGUGUCUGUACAGUUUAUGACAAAUUAGUGAAAAAAUAUACAAAAUAUGAGUGAUGUAUAGUAAAUUUGAUUCUUGUUGCUAUGUAUGUUUUACUAGAAUUUAUCUUUAUAUAAAACUACCUAUAUUCAUGAGAUUCUAUCACUUGAAUAUGUAAAUGGACAAAAUAAACACCAGUUAUCUUGCAGAA